UUUUAACAGAGAUCUUUAUAAACAUGAAAUAUCUUUGUCUCGCUUGAGACAUCGGUCGAAGUCCUAAUCGCUUUAUCAAUUGAGAUUCUUGGCAAUUUGUGCGGUUCAACUUCUUCAAUUUACAUACUCUUUCCCCUCCUUCUGGUUUUCGACAAGUCUACCUUACUGGGCUUUCACCUCGCACAAAGUGAGCCACCAAAAAUGGCUCAUUCGCGUACAACUACAAAAGUCGUGGUGGUCGGGGGAGGCGGCACCAUGGGUUCCUCAACAGCGUUGCACCUCAUCCGCUCUGGGUACACUCCGUCGAAUAUUACAGUGCUUGAUGUAUAUCCCAUUCCUUCGGCUCAAUCGGCAGGAUACGAUCUUAACAAAAUUAUGAGUAUCCGGUUACGCAAUGGGCCAGAUCUGCAACUUUCGCUCGAGGCUCUUGACAUGUGGAAAAACGAUCCAUUAUUCAAGCCCUUUUUUCAUAAUGUGGGCAUGAUUGACUGCUCGUCAUCUGAAGACGGUAUUGCGAGUCUUCGACAAACGUACCAAUCAAUCAUCGACGCGAACAUUGGGUUAGAGAAAACGAACUGGUUGUUAGAAAGCGAAGAUGAUAUACUUGAAAAGGUACCAGCCUUUACAAGAGAGCAGAUAAAGGGGUGGAAAGGCUUGUUUUGUGGCGAUGGAGGUUGGCUUGCUGCAGCCAAGGCCAUCAAUGCGAUUGGACAUUUUCUAAAAGAUCAAGGUGUGAACUUCGGAUUUGGCAAAUCUGGAACUUUCAAGCAACCUCUGUUUACCGCGGAUGGAAUCACAUGCAAUGGUGUUGAGACAGUAGAUGGCACUAGAUAUUACGCUGACAAGGUAGUCUUGGCUGCUGGCGCUUGGAGUUCAACAUUGGUAGAUUUGGAGGAUCAGUGUGUUUCGAAAGCGUGGGUCUUUGCUCAUAUCCAGCUCACACCAGAGGAAGUGGCCAAGUACAAAAACACACCCGUGGUAUACGAUGGCGAAUACGGCUUCUUCUUCGAGCCCAAUGAGCACGGGGUUAUUAAAGUCUGCGACGAGUUCCCCGGAUUCUCUCGCUUCAAGCAGCAUCAACCUUAUGGGGCGGCCUCUCCUAAGUCCAUCUCUGUACCUCGAUCACACGCCAAACAUCCCACAGAUACCUACCCAGAAGCCUCGGAGGUAACCAUUCGAAAGGCAAUUGCGAGGUUCAUGCCUCAAUUCAAGGAUAAAGAGCUUUUUAACCGGUCUAUGUGCUGGUGCACAGAUACCGCCGACGCCAGUUUACUGAUCUGCGAGCACCCCAAGUGGAAAAACUUCAUUCUGGCUACGGGAGACAGCGGUCAUAGCUUCAAGCUUCUACCCAACAUCGGCAAACAUGUCGUUGAGCUGAUAGAAGGGUGUCUUCCGCCAGACCUAGCUGGUCCGUGGAUGUGGAGGCCUGGGGGUGAUGCUCUCAAAUCUAUACGCAGUGCCCCAGCGAAAGAUCUCGCUGAUAUGCCGGGCUGGAAACAUGAUGCCAAGCUUUGAAUUCAGUUUGCAUGGAUAGAUUUCGGAUAUUUCUUCAUUCAGAUCUUUGCCGUCUUUCAUGCUCUGGACGGGAAACACCUACCUUUUUUUUCUUUUUAUUUGAUGCAGGACAUUGUUUCAUCUUAUUGGUAGGGGUUUCAAUCAAUACUUGACUAUAAGGCAUUAAAUGGUACAUGAUGAUGCGCUACUAAAAG